AGCAGUUCCCCUUGUGCAGGGAGGUUGCUUGUGGGACCUAGACAAAGGCAGUCCUGGGGUGAUGCCUCAUGCACGGCCCCCUCUGCCAACACACCUGAGUCCCUGUGGCCCCCUCCCAGGACACCUGGAUUCUGGACUGACCCUGGAGUGAGUUGAGUGGGUGCUAGCCUUUGAGAUCUUCAUCCCUCUGGUGCUCUUCUUCAUCCUUCUGGGGCUGCGGCAGAAGAAGCCCACCAUCCCUGUGAAGGAAGUCUCUUUCUACACGGCGGCCCCCCUCACCUCAGCUGGGAUCCUGCCUGUGAUGCAGUCUCUGUGUCCGGAUGGCCAGCGGGAUGAAUUUGGCUUCCUGCAGUACUCCAAUUCCACGGUAACACAGCUCCUCGAGCACCUCAGUGAAGUGGUGGAGCAAAGUAACUUGUUUGACCCGGACCACCCAGGCCUAGAAGAGGAGCUGGAGUCCCUGCGCCGGCGCCUGGAGGCCCUCAGCAGCAGCGAGCCUAGCUCCAUGGAGACCCACUUCAGCAGCCAGGCAGGAUCUGGCUUCACCUUGGCAUGGGCAGCCAAGGACCGGGGCGAAUUGCACCGUUUCCUCACGCAGAAUCUAUCCCUCCCCAACGCCACAGCUGAGCUCCUCCUGGGCUCCAGCAUUGACCUCCGGGAGGUGUACCACCUCUAUUUUGGAUCUUCUCCUUCGGUACCCGACGACACCCAUGAGAGAGAUCUGUGGGAUCGGUUUGGCCCCAGUGAGAAGAUCUUGAAGCUGGAGAAGAGCCUCCCCAGCGGCUGGAGGACCCUGCGAGAAGGGCUGAUACACAAGGCCCUGCGUGAUCCCUCCAGAGCCUCACGCAGGCAGACCCUGCUCCACCUGCUCUCACAAGCUCUGGGCCUUGCCAGCGCCGCCCCAGGGCCCACCGACUCCUACAGCCCCCAGGCCUUCGUCUCGGAGAUGGAGAAUGUCGUCUUCACGGCACCAGUGCUGGAGCACCUCACGUGCGACCAGAGCCAAGGGGGGCUGCGGCGCCUCCUCCACGUGGCUCCAAGCCAGCAAGCACUGCUGCAAGCUUACCGGGCGCUGGUGUGCAAUGGGAGCCAGGCGGCCCGUGAGGAGCGCUUUGCCCAGCUGGCCACCGAGCUCAAGAACCAGCUGGACGCCCGCAAAAUCGUCAGCAGGCUAAAGCUGGAUGAGGUGAACAGCACAGCCACCCAGCACCGGCUCCAUGCCCUCCUUGAGGAUCUCAUGGAGAUGGAGAAGGUUCUCCGCGAUAUGGAUAUUCUCUCAGCUUUGGCCAAGCUGCUACCCAAAGGAGCUUGUGCCAGCAAGGCCCCCCCCCCCACCGCCAACAGCACCGGCUGGGCCAGUGGCAACGCCACGGCGGGCAACAACACCACAGCAGAGGAGGAGGGCAACAGGGAGGGCAUGCCAGGUGGUGAAAACCCACAGGGGCAGUUCUCAGCCUUUGUGCAGCUGUGGGCCGGGCUGCAGCCCAUCCUGUGCGGGAACAACCGGACAAUCGAGCCUGAGGCGCUGAAGCAGGGCAACAUGAGCUCUCUGGGCUUCACCAGCAAGGAGCAGCGAAACCUGGGCCUCCUCGUACAUCUUAUGACGAGCAACCCCAAAAUCCUCUACGCUCCUGUGGGCACUGAAGUAGACAAGGUCAUCCUGAAGGCCAACGAGACCUUCGCCUUCGUGGGCAACGUCACCCACUAUGCCAAGCUGUGGAUGAACAUCUCCCCGGAGAUCAGGGCCUACCUGGAGGAGGGCAGGCUGCAGAGACGCAUCCGCUGGCUCCAGCAGUUCACAGCCGACCUCCAUAAGCAUCCAGAGAUCCUGAAUGUCUCCGACAGCGACCUUCUCCACAGCUUCCUCAAUGGCAACUUCUCCCUGCCCAACGCCAGCGUCCUGCUCCAGCAGCUGGACACCAUUGACAACGCUGCCUGUGGCUGGGUCCACUUCAUGGCUAAGGUCAGUGUGGACAUCUUCAAAGGCUUCCCGGAUGAGGAGAGCAUCGUUAACUACACUCUGAAUCAGGCCUACCAGGACAAUGUCACCGUCUUUGCCAGUGUCAUCUUCCAGACCAACAAGGAUGGCUCACUGCCCCCUCACGUCAUGUACAAGAUCCGGCAGAACUCCAGCUUCACUGAGAAAACCAACGAGAUCCGGCGGGCAUACUGGCGGCCUGGCCCCAACACCGGUGGGCGCUUCUACUUCCUCUACGGCUUUGUCUGGAUCCAGGAUAUGAUGGAGCGUGCCCUCAUCAACACGUUUGUUGGCCACGAUGUGGUGGAGCCUGGCAAUUAUGUGCAGAUGUUCCCAUAUCCAUGUUAUACCCGGGACGACUUCCUCUUUGUCAUCGAGCACAUGAUGCCCCUGUGCAUGGUGAUCUCCUGGGUCUACUCAGUGGCCAUGAUGAUCCAGCACAUUGUGACGGAGAAGGAGCAUCGCCUGAAAGAGGUGAUGAAGAUGAUGGGCUUGAACAACGCAGUGCAUUGGGUGGCUUGGUUCAUCACUGGCUUCGUCCAGCUCUCCAUCUCAGUCACAGCUCUCACCGCCAUCCUAAAAUACGGCAAGGUCCUGAUGCACAGCGAUGUCCUCAUUAUCUGGCUCUUCCUCGCCAUCUACGCGGUGGCCACCAUCAUGUUCUGUUUCCUAGUGUCGGUGCUCUACUCCAAGGCCAAGCUGGCCUCAGCCUGUGGUGGCAUCAUCUAUUUCCUGAGCUACGUGCCCUACAUGUAUGUUGCCAUCCGGGAGGAGGUGGCGCACGACAAAAUCACAGCCUUUGAGAAGUGCAUUGCGUCCCUCAUGUCGACCACGGCUUUCGGGCUGGGCUCCAAGUACUUUGCCCUGUACGAGGUGGCUGGCGUGGGCAUCCAGUGGCACACCUUCAGCCAGUCGCCCGUGGAAGGAGACGACUUCAACCUCUUGCUGUCCAUGAUGAUGCUGAGUGUAGAUGCUGUGGUGUAUGGGGUGCUCACGUGGUACAUCGAGGCCGUGCACCCAGGUAUGUAUGGCCUGCCGCGGCCCUGGUACUUCCCCUUCCAGAAGUCCUACUGGUUGGGGAACGGGCGAGUGGAGACAUGGGAGUGGACCUGGCCCUGGUCCCGUACCACCCGCCUCAGCAUCAUGGAGGAGGACCAGGCCUGUGCCAUGGAGAGCAGGAGACUGGUUCCUCACCAUCCUGCUCUCGUAGCAGAGGAGACGCGGGGCAUUGAGGAGGAGCCGUCCCACCUGCCCUUGGUUGUCUGCAUUGACAAGCUCACCAAGGUCUACAAGACGGACAAGAAACUGGCACUGAACAAGCUGAGCCUCAACCUCUAUGAGAACCAGGUGGUGUCUUUCCUGGGACACAAUGGCGCGGGCAAAACCACCACCAUGUCCAUCCUGACUGGCUUGUUCCCUCCAACAUCGGGCUCUGCUACCAUCUAUGGCCACGAUAUCCGGACAGAGAUGGAUGAGAUCCGGAAGAACCUGGGCAUGUGUCCCCAGCACAACGUGCUCUUUGACAGGCUGACGGUGGAGGAGCACCUCUGGUUCUACUCGCAGCUCAAGAGCAUGGCAGAGGAGGAGAUCCGCAAGGAGAUGGACAAGAUGAUUGAAGACCUGGAGCUCUCCAACAAACGCCAUUCCUUGGUGCAAACCCUCUCAGGUGGCAUGAAGAGGAAGUUGUCAGUGGCUAUAGCCUUCGUGGGUGGAUCGCGAGCCGUAAUUUUGGACGAGCCCACAGCUGGUGUCGAUCCGUAUGCGCGCAGGGCCAUCUGGGACCUCAUCCUCAAAUACAAGCCAGGGAGGACCAUCCUGCUCUCCACACACCACAUGGACGAAGCUGACUUGCUGGGCGACCGCAUUGCCAUCAUAUCCCACGGCAAGCUCAAGUGCUGCGGCUCCCCACUGUUCCUCAAGAGCACCUAUGGUGAUGGUUACAAGCUGACGGUGGUCAAGAGGCAGUCAGACGCCAGAAACAGCACAGAGUCGGGCCAGCCGCACAGUCCCCCGUCCCACUCCUCCGUCAGCCCCUGCUCUGAGCCCCGUGUCUCCCAGUUCAUCAAGAAGUACGUGGCCUCCUGCCUCCUCAUCUCAGACACCAACACUGAGCUCUCCUACAUCCUGCCCAGCGAGGCUGUCAAGAAGGGCUGCUUCGAGAGGCUCUUCCAGCACUUGGAGCAGAGCCUGGAGGAUCUGGCCCUGACCAGUUUUGGGCUGAUGGACACCACACUCGAGGAGGUCUUCCUCAAGGUGUCCGAGGAGGACCAGUCUCUGGAAAACAGCGAUGUUGACAUGAAAGAGUCCAAGAAGGAUGCCCUGCGGCCACCCACCCCCGAGUUGGGCCCAAAGCCCGAGGCCAAUGGGGAGCCCCUUGCGGAAGCAGAAGUGCCCGAGAAGCCAGAGGUGGAGCUAAGCAACCUGGUGACCUGCUCCAAGCUUGCCCAGUCGCAGGCAUCCCUGCGCUCAGCCUCCUCGGUGGGCUCUGUGCGGGGCGAUGAAGGUGGGGCUUAUUCGGAGUUCUUUGGAGAUUACUCUCCGUUGUUUGAUAAUCGGCAGGACCCUGAUAACAUCAGUCUGCAAGAUCAAGAAGCUGAUGUGGAGGCGGAGGACCAUGACCUGGCAGGACAGGGGAGCUUUAAGCUGGAGGGGUCGUGGCUGAAGUUGCGGCAGUUCCAUGGGCUGAUCGUCAAACGCUUCCAUUGUGCCAAGCGCAACACCAAGGCCCUCUUCUCGCAGAUCCUCCUGCCCGCCUUCUUCGUCUGUGUGGCCAUGACUGUGGCACUCUCUGUGCCCGAAAUAGGAGACCUGCCUCCCCUCAUCCUCUCGCCAUCUCAGUACCACAACUACACGCAACCCAAGGGCAACUUCAUUCCUUAUGCCAACGAGGAGCGGCAUGAGUACCGCAUCAGGCUGUCUCCUGAUGCCAGCCCCCAGCAACUGGUGAACACCUUCCACCUGCCCUCAGGCGUGGGCGCCACAUGCGUGCUCAAGACAGCCUUCAACAACACGCUGGACCAGCCCAUGCAGACCCUGAACCUCAACAGCAACGAGUCCAAAAUGCUGGCAGCCAAGUACUUCGAUGCUAUGUGCAUUGACUCCUUCACGCAGGGCCUGCCGCUCUCCAACUUCGUGCCACCACCUCCUUCCCCAGCCCCCUCGGACUAUCCUGUCUCAGUGGAUGAGGACCUGCUCCGUGCCUGGAACUCCACAACCUUCUCCUCUGCCAUCAAAGAGACUGUCACCUCAGCCCCAGCCUUGCCCCAAAUUAUCCACGAGCCCAUCAAGUGCACGUGCUCCAUGCAGGGGACUGGCUUCUCCUGCCCCAGCGGCGUGGGAGGGCAUCCCCCGCAGAUGAAGGUGGUGACAGGGGACAUCCUGGCGGACAUCACCGGGCGCAACGUCUCUGAGUACCUGCUCUACACCUCGGACCGCUUCCGGCUGCACAGGUAUGGGGCGCUCACCUUUGGCAACGUCCAGAAAUCCAUCCCGGCCUCCUUUGGGGCCAGGGCUCCUGCCACGGUGCGCAAGAUAGCCGUCCGGAGAACAGCCCAGGUCUUCUACAACAACAAGGGCUACCACAGCAUGCCCACCUACCUCAAUGCACUCAACAAUGCCAUCCUGCGGGCCAACUUGCCCAAGAGCAAAGGCAACCCCGCUUCUUACGGUAUCACGGUGACCAACCACCCCAUGAACAAGACUAGUGCCAGCCUGUCUCUGGAUUACCUCCUGCAAGGCACAGACGUGGUGAUUGCCAUCUUCAUCAUCGUAGCCAUGUCCUUCGUGCCGGCCAGCUUUGUGGUGUUCCUGGUUGCUGAAAAGGCCACCAAGGCCAAACAUCUGCAGUUUGUGAGCGGCUGCGACCCUGUCAUCUACUGGUUGGCCAACUAUGUGUGGGAUAUGCUUAACUAUCUGGUGCCAGCCACGUGCUGCAUCAUUAUCCUUUUUGUGUUCGACCUCCCAGCGUACACAUCUCCCACCAACUUCCCUGCUGUCCUCUCACUCUUUCUGCUCUAUGGUUGGUCCAUCACCCCCAUCAUGUACCCUGCCUCCUUCUGGUUUGAGGUGCCCAGUUCUGCCUAUGUCUUCUUGAUAGUCAUCAACCUCUUCAUUGGCAUCACAGCCACUGUUGCCACGUUCCUGCUGCAGCUCUUUGAGCACGACAAGGAUUUGAAGGUGGUGAACAGCUACUUGAAGAGCUGCUUCCUUGUAUUCCCUAACUACAACCUGGGCCAUGGCUUGAUGGAGAUGGCCUAUAACGAGUACAUCAACGAAUACUAUGCCAAGAUCGGGCAGUUCGAUAAAAUGAAGUCACCCUUUGAAUGGGACAUUGUGACACGUGGCCUGGUUGCCAUGACAAUUGAAGGCUUUGUUGGCUUCUUCAUCACCAUCAUGUGCCAAUAUAACUUCUUCCGGAAACCUCAGCGACUGCCCGUCUCCACCAAGCCCAUUGAAGAUGAUAUUGAUGUGGCCAACGAGCGGCACCGUGUCCUGCGUGGCGACGCCGACAAUGACAUGCUGAAGAUUGAGAACCUCACCAAGGUGUACAAGUCCCGCAAGAUUGGUCGCAUCCUGGCUGUGGACCGGCUAUGCGUGGGCGUCCGGCCUGGAGAGUGCUUUGGGCUGCUGGGUGUCAACGGCGCAGGGAAGACAACCACCUUCAAGAUGCUUACAGGGGACGAGAGCACCACGGGUGGAGAGGCGUUUGUUAAUGGACACAGCAUCCUGAAAGAGCUCCUGCAGGUCCAACAAAGCUUGGGCUAUUGCCCGCAGUUUGAUGCACUUUUUGAUGAGCUGACGGCCCAGGAGCACCUGGAGCUCUACACCCGCCUGCGUGGUAUUCCCUGGAAGGACGAGGAGCGGGUGGUCAAAUGGGCACUGAAGAAGCUAGAGCUGACCAAGUAUGCCGACAAACCUGCCAGCACCUACAGCGGAGGCAACAAGAGGAAGCUGUCCACGGCCAUAGCACUGAUAGGCUACCCAUCCUUCAUCUUCCUGGAUGAGCCCACGACAGGGAUGGACCCCAAGGCACGGCGCUUCCUUUGGAACCUCAUCCUGGACGUCAUCAAAACAGGCCGCUCCGUGGUGCUCACGUCCCACAGCAUGGAGGAGUGCGAGGCACUCUGCACCCGCCUGGCCAUCAUGGUGAACGGGCGACUCAAAUGUCUUGGCAGCAUCCAGCACUUGAAAAACAGGUUUGGAGAUGGCUACAUGAUCACCGUGCGGACCAAGUCCAGCCUCAACGUCAAGGAGGUGGUGAGGUUCUUCAACCGCAACUUCCCCGAGGCCAUCCUUAAGGAGCGGCACCACACCAAGGCCCAGUACCAGCUCAAAUCAGACCAAAUCUCACUGGCACAGGUCUUCAGCAAGAUGGAGCAGGUGGUGGAUGUGCUGGGCAUUGAAGACUAUUCUGUCAGCCAGACCACCCUGGACAACGUGUUUGUGAAUUUUGCCAAGAAGCAAAGUGACAACCUGGAGCAGCAGGAGACGAGCCCCAGCUGUGCCCUGCAGUCACCCCUGGAGCGAGUGCUCAGCCUGCUGCGCCCACGGGCGGCCCCCACAGAGCUGCGGGCCCUUGUAGUGGAGGAGCAGGAGGAUCUGGAGACUGAUGACGAAGGCCUCAUCAGCUUCGAGGAGGAGAGGGCUCAGCUCUCAUUCAACACGGACACACUGUGCUGAGGACCCGAGGGGGGAACCGAGUCCCCCGGCUUUGAAGCCACUGAACCCUUUUCCCCUCUCCCCUCUUUCGCCCCCCCAUCACACGGAGGCAUCCAGCGGCCGUCUCCGCCUGCCCUGGGGGGAGGCCAGGCCCUUCUGCCCAUGGCCGGAGGAGUGUGACAGGGAGGACGGACGGCGGGUGCAGUGCCAGCCUGGACGGACCCUGGGAACCCCUGCCUGCUGGGCCGGCCUUCGUCCCCUUCAGCUAUGGGGCAGUGUCCCCAGAUGGCGCAGGGGGCUGCCAUCCUCAGCCGAUUUGCUCGGCUGGCGCAUGCCACGGACAGAGACUGUGAAGCGAAGGAUGCGGCUUUGAGUUGGUGCCACGAGCCCUGCACGUCUUGUGGUGCGGAAGAGGCCAGUGAGUGUUGCCUUUGGACACCCAUGUUUGUACCCACCCCGAGGGACUGCCAGCAGUGGGGACGUCUCUGCCCUACUGCCACCCCAGGCCUGCCCGGAUGUUGCCAGGAAGGUCAGAGAGGAAGGACUGCUGCUUUGCCUGUGUUUCCAUCACCCCUUCAUGGCUUGGCACUUCACCCGGCACCGUACCGGGCUCAGGGGCACCAUGCCAGCCGUCCCAGCACCAUGAGGGGCAGAAGCUGUGCUUUGUGCUUUACCUGUGUUUGGUCUCUGUUACCGGCACUGCCCAUGGGAUGUCACCAGUGACCUUGAGCCUGCGAGAGAUGGGCGUCUUGGCCCUGCCAGCUGCAUACUGCCUGGACACUUUUCUGCCAGGUAGAGCAGUCUGGGUCCCUGGACGCAGCCUGAGCCUGCGGGUGCUUCGCGGCCGUGGCUCCCUGCUGCACCCUGCCAGCUGGGCAGCCUCGAGGACCCGCUCGCCCCAGCACACAGCUCUGUGGGCCAGCUCGGCUCCGUGGGGUGCCUGGCUCUGCACCUUGCCCAGGGCCUCCCUGGGCUAGUGCCCAGCACCAGCACUCGCCAGCCCCAGCCUGGCUCUUUGUCAUGCCUUUUCCUGCACCCUCUCCUGCUGCAGGAAGGCUCACUCUGGGUGCCGUGGGCACAUGGCUCUGUCCCUGAGGCUGGGCACCGACACCUUCCCAGAGGGGCACGUGGUGGGGCAGAGGGGCAUUUCACAGGGUAUUUCACAAGCUGGCACCAGCUGUUUCUCCCCUCUGCCCCCAACCAUGUCCCUCCUCCCCAUGCCCUUCACCUGCCCUCCUGCCUGCCAUCACCUCCCUCUUCUGAGUGCCCUGCCAAGGCUGUGCAGUGGGCACCAGGCACUGCUGCCCAGCUGCCGUGCCACCUUUAUGGUGUCUCCCCUUCUUUUUCUCCCUUGCCUCAGCAUUCAUCUCUUAGAGCCUCAGCAUCCAUUCCAGUAUGGGAGCCACCUGCACUGCUUUCCGCAUUGGCUUACUGGCGGCACUGGGAGAGGGAGGAGCUACCCCCCAGGAUUGGUUUUGAAGCUGGGAGUUGGAUAGCAUCAGGUGGGGGCAAAGAACAGGGCAGCCUUGAGGGCCCCAACCUCAGCCUGGCCAGUGGGGAGCAGUGCCCAGGCAGUGUUGGGGAAGGAAGGACGGACCAAGGUGGCUAUGGUCAUGCUCGUGUGCA